UGACAGCCGCCGCCAGAGCCGGAGGGCGGUCUCCAACGGCAGCGGCGGCGGAAGCGGAAAAGGCGGGACCUUAGGGCUCACGUUGCGUCAGCACGUGCGAGCGCUCCGAGCCAGGUGUCGGAAGGCGGAGGUGGUCGCCUGGUGCACGCGUCGGCGGUUGAGAGGCUCGCCGGGUGACCUGUGGCGUUGUGCCCUCAUGGCGGAGAUAAUUCAGGAACGCGUAGAAGAUCGACUUCCCGAAUUGGAACAGCUGGAGCGUGUUGGAUUGUUCAACCAGUCGGAGAUAAGGGCUAUCAUUAGGAAGGCUUCGAAUCUGGAAUACAGAAUACAGCGAAGAGCUCUUUUUAAGGAUGACUUUAUCAAUUAUGUUCAAUAUGAAAUUAAUCUUUUGGAGUUGAUUCAGAGAAGAAGAAUUCGCAUCGGAUAUUCAUUUAAGAAGGACGAGAUUGAGGACUCUAUCGUACGCCGGGUACAAGGUGUCUUCCGACGUGCGUCAGCAAAAUGGAAGGAUGAUAUUCAACUUUGGCUAUCCUAUAUAGUCUUCUGUAAGAAAUGGACCACCAAAGCUCAACUUAGCAAGGUGUUUUCUGCCAUGUUGGCCAUUCAUUCAAACAAGCCAGCUUUGUGGAUUAUGGCAGCCAAAUGGGAAAUGGAAGAUCGCUUAUCUUCAGAAAGUGCAAGACAGCUAUUUCUUCGAGCUCUGCGCUUUCAUCCAGAGUGCCCGAAACUUUAUCAAGAAUACUUUAGGAUGGAGCUGAUGCAUACUGAGAAACUGAGGAAGGAAAAGGAAGAAUUUGAAAAAGCCAAAAUGGAUGUGGAGAAUCUCGAUUAUCCUGAAGAAAUCCUUAAGGGUGAGUUGGCACGGAUUAUCUACAAAAAUUCUGUAAGCGUAAUUAAAGGUGCAGAAUUUCAUCUGUCACUGCUUUCAAUUGCACAGCUAUUCGACUUUGCCAAAGAUCUUCAAAGAGAAAUUUAUGAGGAGCUUCGGGCUCUGCACACAGAUGACCCUCUCACUUGGGAUUAUGUGGCACGGCGGGAAUUAGAGGUGGAGUCGCAGCCAGAAGGAGAGCAGCCUGCGACAAAGCAAGCCAGAGCGGCAGAGGUGGGCCGGAAGGAGGACAGGUGCUGUGCUGUGUAUGAGGAGGCAGUGAAGACUCUGCCUACAGAGGCCAUGUGGAAGUAUUAUAUCACCUUCUGCUUGGAAAGGUUCCCUAAGAAGCCAAGCAGUCCGUUCCUCAGAGAGAAGAGAUUGGAAAGGACCAUGAUGGCAUUCAGGAAGGCACAUGAACUCAAAUUUCUACAAGAAUUUCAGUACAAGCAGUGGUUUGAGUUGCUGGUGCAUCACAACUUCUUAAAGGAGGCUCUGGAGGUGGCGGGAGCUGGGACGGAAUCGUUCAGAGACUCUGUCACAAUGUGGCAUAUGAAGCUGCAGGCACUGAUUGACUCCAAGAGCCCUGACGUAGCCAUGGUUUUCGAAGAAGCUUUUGCACACCUGAAAGCCCAGGCUUGUCUGCCAUUGUGGAUUUCUUGGGCGGAGUGGAGUGAAGGUGCCCAAAGCCAAGAAGACACUGAAGCCAUUUUUAAGAAAGCUCUCUUAGCUGUCAAAGGUGCCGACUCAGUCACUCUGAAGGAGAAGUACCUGGACUGGGCUUACCGAAGCAGUGGCUACAGAAAGGCCAGAGCUGUGUUUAAAAGUUUACAGGAAAGCCGUCCAUUUUCAGUUGGUUUUUUCAGGAAAAUAAUCCAGUUUGAAAAGGAGCAGGAAUUCUGCAAGAUGGUGAACUUAAGAGAAUAUUAUGAGAGAGCUUUGAGAGAAUUUGGAGCCAUAGAUUCUGAUCUUUGGAUCGAUUACAUCAAAGACGAACUGAGCCACCCCCGUGGUAGACCUGAGUACUGCAGGCACAUCUACUGGCGAGCCGUGAAAAUGCUGGAGAGAGAGUCAGCAGAAGCAUUUGUAGCUAAACAUGCUCUGUAUCAAGCCUGCUGUUUGUGACCAGGGGAAGAACAUAGCCAACUUUGUGAAAUAGUGUUGUAAACCCUCUUGGCUGGAUUUGUGUUACGAGUUCAUCUGCAGUUUGUUGAGAGAUGGCAGACAAGAUGGCUGUCUGGCUUUGCGACACGCUUUUUUAAAAUUUUGUUAACGUGUUAAUUUUUAAUUCCAGAAAAGAGAAUUGCUGUUUAGUGGCAAGAGGCUAUUUGUUAAGGCCUGACAUUACUGUAGGGUCCUAAAUGUCUCCCAAAAUGUAUGGAAAUUGUACAACUGAGUUUCUCUUGUUACCCUUGGUCAAGGAUGAGUAGCUCUAAUUUGGACCCACAGGCCAGUAAUGAUGGAAGAGGAAGUACAGUUCUAUUUGUUUGUUCUCUCCUUAUUAAAAAAGUACACAUGGGA